CGAGGGAAGAGAGAGAAAAUUAAAGUAGAAAAGGCGAAUUCAUUUUACACACAACUCGAACUGCAGAGAGGGAGAGAAAGUAAGCCGAGUUUUUCGCUUUGACCGCCAUUGAUACCGUAGCUUUCCCCUCUCACAAGAAAGCCGAAGUAAAGUUACGUUAAAAAAAAGGAAGAGAACAGUGAUUACCUGUGGCUGCCACAACCUCCAUUCAUUCCCUUCGCUGCUCUCCUCCAUUUCAAAUUGACGUGUGUCUGUUCACAUUGCCCCUUUUUCUUCUCCUAUAGAGCUAGCAAUGGAGUAAUCAUUUACAGAGUCGUCGCCGUUAAUUUUUCUCGACUUUAAACAUUGCUGGUCCAAAAUGGCGAGAGAAUUUUCUAAGUAUUCCAGUAUCAGCUUCUUCUGUGUUGACUGAGCUAGUGUUUGAUCUGUCGCGGAGCUGAGCUUCGGUGUGUUAAUCUCCGACCACAAUUUGCUGAAAUUUAUCACUCCAUUUGCCAAUAAUUCGAAUUAUGCAGCCAAAUGUUGAAGCGGUUCAACCGCAAUUUAGAUCCGGAAUAUCCGGAGAGAAAACUGGGGGGAUGGGGUUCGUUUUCGACGACCUGAUCCCUGACCUGCAGGAAACGGACGGCACGUCUUUCACGGCGCUUCUCGAGCUACCGCCGCCGCAAGCUGUGGAGCUCCUGGUCAAGGAGGAUUCGCCGGCGAAAACCAUGCCGCUGCCGAUUUUUCCUUCCAAUAUUGCCCUAAUUGACCGCGCCUCGUUGUUUUCCGUAUUUGCUUCAGCCGAUAAUCCGCCGGAUAGAACGAACAUUUUGUCGGUUUCGAGCUCAAUGAAGAUCGAUUCGGUGAAGCAGGAGCCGCUGGAGCCAGAGUAUCACCGGAAUUCUUCUUCGCCGGCGGUUUCAAAUCAGAGCUUGAAGUCCAUCAAGCGAAAGGAGAGGGAGAAAAAGGUGAAAAAAUCAAGCAAAAAAGUGGUAGCAAAUGAAGCGUCUGAUGGCAGUGGCGAGCAGCUGCCGUACGUUCAUGUCAGAGCUCGCCGUGGCCAGGCCACUGACAGCCAUAGCUUAGCUGAAAGAGCCCGGAGGGAGAAAAUCAAUGCGAGAAUGAAGCUGUUACAGGACCUGGUCCCAGGGUGUAACAAGAUUUCAGGUACUGCAAUGGUGCUCGAUGAGAUAAUAAAUCAUGUGCAAGCUCUUCAACGCCAAGUGGAGUUUUUAUCCAUGAGACUUGCUGCUGUUAACCCAAGAAUUGAUUUCAACCUUGAAGCCCUCUUAGCCGUAGAUAGCGAAUCAUCCAUUGAUAACAGCUACCUGGGCAUGUUUCCGCCAUCCAUUUGGCCGGAGGGGCAAAUGAACGGCAGCAGACAACAACAGCCAUGGCUCAUCGAUGGACUUAACCUGCCUUCCAUGGGCAGGGUAGACGACACCUCUAACUUCAUUACCCCAGAGAACUCACUGCUAAGCUACGACUCUCCUGCAAAUUCAGGUGCAGAGACGCUGCACCUGAGCCAGCUGAAAAUGGAGCUUUGAAGCAAAAUCCGCUGUCGUCGCUCGUCAUUGAAGCUAGUUUUGUAUAUACGAGAUAUAGUAGUAAGGAUUUAGCCUUAGGUGAAGAUGAGGCAGGAAUUUACAUUCUAGAUUGAAUUGACCCGAGACAAAAGCAGGUUUCACCAUA